AUGGAGAAGAAAUCGCUGGCACAUGAGCUGGUGCGCGCGAGAAUCGCCGAGAUUGCACUCCUCAAGAUGAAGCUGGAUGAGCUUACCGAGCAUCUGGAAAAGCUUCUGGCAGCGCAGCUACAAAUCCAAGCCCUCGUCGAAGAUCGCGAAGAGAACAGCUAUGCGUUAGCAGCCGUCUUGGGCGAUGAAGGGGCCGACCAAGGUGGUCUCACCGAAGAGGACGACGCUGUUUCCCCAGAUGUUCUACUGGAGCUGGCGGUGCGAAAAAUGAAAGACUAA